UCUCUUCCUUUUUCCUGUCCUUGGUAGAAGCGUCGGGAUCUUCGCUGUCGUAACAAACACAUGGCUAAACUCAGCAAGGAGACCAAACAGCGGCUGCAGCAGCUGUUCCAGUGCAGCCAGUUCGUCAUCCGAUGGGGCUUCAUUCCCACCGUGCUUUACCUCGGUUUCAAACGAGGAGCAGAUCCAGGCAUGCCUGAACCUACGCUGUUGAGUUUGCUCUGGGGUUGAGGAACACCUUCACUCGGACAGACCCCGCCUCUCAUCGAGACCAUGUGACGCGUUUUUAGAAGACCAAGAAACAGACUUCUAUCACUCUCCUUGCUCCCUGUAAACCCCAAUGUCUGACAGCUCUGGGGCAAAAUGUUCAAAGCUCAGAAAUAUAUUGUACAGAGUCAUAUGUCUCUGGACUCCCUUGUUUCUAAAUUAGAUUGUCUCAGUGUA